AUGCCUCUCCCCGAUGCCUCUGCUCCUGAGCCACCACUUAAGCUGAUUUCAUACAGAGAUAAAACUGAAAGAUCCCCAUGGCACCCACAUAAUGCAAGUAAAACCAUUUCAACAACUGUAAAAUAUACCUCUCCUUUUGGUCCUGAGGAGAGAUGUUUCAUCCCAAACACCUAUGCAGCUCUGUUCACUGCAGCUCUCAUUCCAUUAAUGUGCCUGGUGGUGGUGUUUGUGGUGUUCAUCCAUGCCUACCAGCUGAAGCCACAGUGGAAAGCAUACGAUGACGUUUUCAGAGGAAGAACAAAUGCUGCAGAAAUUCCACUGAUUUUAUACCUCUUUGCCCUGAUUUCUAUGACAUGGCUUUGGGGAGGACUGCAUAUGGCCUACAGACACUUCUGGAUGUUAGUUCUCUUUGUCAUUUUCAACAGUCUGCAGGGACUUUAUGUUUUUGUGGUUUAUUUCAUUUUACACAACCAAAUGUGUUGCCCUAUGAAGGCCAGCUACACUGUGGAAAUGAAUGGCCAUCCAGGACCCAGCACAGCCUUCUUCACGCCUGGGAGUGGAAUGCCUCCUGCUGGAGGGGAAAUCAGCAAGUCCACCCAGAAUCUUAUCAGUGCUAUGGAAGAGGUACCACUGGACUGGGAGAGAGUAUCCUUCCAACAAGCCAGUCAGGCCAGCCCUGAUUUAAAGACAAGUCCACAAAAUGGUGCCUCAUUCCCUUCUUCCAGAGGACAUGGCCAGGGGUCACUGAUAGCUGAUGAAGAGUCCCAGGAGUUUGAUGACUUGAUAUUUGCAUUAAAAACUGGUGCUGGUCUCAGUGUCAGUGACAAUGAAUCUGGUCAAGGCAGCCAGGAGGGAGGUACUUUGACUGACUCUCAGAUCGUAGAACUCAGGCGGAUACCCAUCGCUGACACCCAUCUCUAAGAGCAUCACUAACCAUUAGAAUAAGGAUGCUUUCUUAUUUGUUUUGGCUUUUGUACUAAAACUUUGUUAGUAUAUACGUCUGUUUAAUAGGAAUGUAUAUAUUUUUCUGGAUUAACACAGACGUGAUUGUUAUAUUUGGGACUAUGUUACUUAUAUGUGCGCAACGUGAAAAUUCACUGCUAUAAUGAAAGACUGAAUUCAUUUAGGUCAGUUAAUAGGAUGCACCUAUUCCAAUAAUAUUAGUUGUUUUUUAAUCAUUUUACUUGGCUAACAAUGUUUAAUAAAAGUAAUCAAUAAAAGAAAUAGAAUC